CUUACUUUCUCUCUUUCCUUUUCUUUUCUUUAUUUGUUUCCAAUAUGUAGAAUUUACUUCACAAAAAUAAGAAGAUAGUUUUUAAAAUGAAGAAAAGAAAAAUUUUAUAAAAACUGAUCCUUUGACAGCAAACGCUAAUACCAGAGAAGUCCCCAUCUUUUCUCUUCAGAAGUGUAGCUUCUUACCUUCCCAACCUACACCAAAUACUGGAAUCUUCCAUUACGUCCUUGUUCCAAAGAGUGUUUCAUAGAACUGUCAGAGUGUGGCGCUAACAUAGGCUUCAGAAUGGGCCUGGACUCGACCACAUCAACAUGUCCUGAACUAGCUCCUGCCAGCUCGAAGAACCUACUUCUCACAGCAUUUCGGUUCUCCAAGUCCGGUUUGUGGAUAAUCAUUUCUUGGAUCCAGUGAACUUCGGUUGUGUUUUCAAUUUGUGUGUCACAUGUGUGUCCUCUAAAUAUGGAUAUGCUACAAUUUACGAGAUGGUUAAUCCACAGAACUAGCAAACCACCACCUGUGAUAUCGAACAGAAGAGCGAGUAGAUAUCUGGUCUUGGAUAAUUAUAAAAUUCAGUGGAUUGCUUUAUGUGUUAUUAUGUGUUUUAGGGAAAUAUAUUGUGAUGAAAAAGUUCGAAUUCAACCAUUUCAUUUUCCAACAAGCGCGAAAGAAGGACAUAAAGUGCAAGUAAUAUGUGGUUUGCUGGAAGGUGAUCCUCCAGUUCAUUUCAUAUGGCAAAAGAAUGGUGAAUCUGUGAGUACAAGUAACAAUGUGAAUAUUAUGACCCAUCCUGAUUUUUCGAGACUUAUGAUCAAUGAUGUGGAUGUACAGAGCUCAGGAAACUAUACGUGCAUCGCUAAGAAUAACCAAGGUCAAGAUUCUUACACAGCCCAUUUAGCUGUUAGAGGUCCCCCCAAAUGGUUAAAAGAACCCACCGACACUUCGACAUCAGUCGGGGAAUAUGUGACAUUACCGUGUGCUACCUUCGGCUAUCCUACUCCUGACGUCACCUGGAGGAAGGCCAACGAUUCGUCCCCAGAUCACUGGAUGCAUCUGGUCAACAAUCGGCACAUUCGAUUGGAAAGCAACGGUUCCUUGACCAUCAUCAAUGUGCAGAAUGAAGAUUCCGGACACUAUCAGUGCCAAGUGAGCAAUGGGAUUGGGGAAGGUCUUAAAAAGACAGUUUCGCUCAGCAUUAAAGUUCCAGCUCGAUUCGAGAAUAAAUUCCAAGUUGAAACUGUGCGUUGGGGAGAAACGGCCAUUUUGCACUGUGAAGCAUUUGGCGACAAACCUAUCACUUUAACAUGGACCAAAAGCCAAAUGCCAAUAUCCGAAAAGGAAAGCACGAGGUAUGAAGUGUACGACAGUACUUCUGAGCUGGGAACAACGUCAGAACUUCAUGUUCAAGUGACUGACCGUGAGGACAAUGGAUUGUAUGUUUGCAUCGCGAAGAACGCUUUUGGAAAAGACGAGCGGACCGUCAAACUAGUUGUACUCGAGGUUCCUGGUCCCCCAAGCGAUGUUCGCGUGGAGCAGACUUGGAGUCAAAGUGCCACUGUUCGGUGGAACGUUCCUUACGGUGGGAACAGUCCCAUCACUUUCUUCGUCGUUCAGUACUGGAGGGACGCAGGUGCUCCCCACCGGCUCGAGGAGGAAAAGGUGUCGGCCUCUCAGACGUUCACCAUGCUCAAGGACCUUCAGCCGGGCACGUCCUAUGUGGUUCGGGUGUUGGCAGAAAACGAGGUGGGACGAGGAAACCCCUCCGAGUCCCAGCAGUUCCUCACAAAAGAAGCGGAACCUUCAGCUCCACCCACUGAUGUCACAGUUGAGCCUCGUGGAGCAGGAACAUUGAGAGUAAAAUGGAAAACUCCUCCCCGAGAGCAAUGGAAUGGUCAGCUGAAAGGAUAUUACAUCGGCUAUCAGGUGGCAUCUAGCACAGAGCAUUACUCUUUCAAGACUGUCGAAUUCAGCAAACAGGUAGAGGAGGAAUAUCGCUUAACGAACUUUUUAAGAUCCACAGAGUACAAGGUAAUUGUUCAAGCUUUCAACAGUGCGGGAAGUGGACCACCAUCGCAAGCUAUAAUCGCCAAAACAUCCGACACAGAUCCUCCAUCUCCCCCCUUCCUGUGGGUGGACUUCCAGUCACGCUCUAGCAUCGGCCUCAAGUGGAAACACAAAGCACCCCCUCCUUCCAAGAAGGACGACGAAAAAGAAGAGACUCCCGUAGCGGCCCCCGGACACUACACGCUAUAUUACAAAGAUGAAUAUGGACCAUGGAGCGAAAUCACUGUACCCCGGUCUGCGGAGAGGGAGUACACUCUCAGUGGACUACGAGAGGGUACACGAUAUCAAAUAUACAUGAAGGCAACUUCUGAAGCUGGAGACAGUGAUUCCAGCGAUAUGCUUACAGUUAGAACUGAAGGAGGUGCUCUGUCCGACAUGUCUUCUCACCCUAUCGUAGAACGGGGGGAGGACACCCCGAUCUACCUCCGGCUGUCCGUCAUCGCGCCCCUCGGCUCCUCCGUGGGGAUCAUCUUACUGGUGCUAAUCGGGGCCUGUUUCUACGUCAGAAGGGAGGAGAAACGCUACAAAGCAGCUGUGCCAGGCGGUCCCGACCGUCGAUAUUCCUACUGUGGCAGUUCUACUUUGCCUCACCCUCAGCGCUACAAAGACGUGGACAAGAACCGGCCUCUGCUUCGAAUUCCGGGGGUGCCGAUGCCCCCUCAUCCGCCCCCGGAAGGCUAUCCUGCCCCUUAUGCCACCAUGCCCAUACGCUGCGGUAGCGCCAUCACCACGGAGCGGCGCAGGCCCUCUGAAGAGUGCAGAGCUAUCGUGGUGGGAAAGAAUGGAAUGCUUCAUCACGCUACCAUGGAUCGCAAACGUAUGGCUGGCCUCACUAUUCAAGAAACAGCAGAGGUUCACCACUACGACAUGGCAGCCUGAAGGAGGCACAUCAAGUGAAUCAAAAUCAGGCAGCUCAUAUUAUCGAUUAAUUUAUUCGGUUCAUCUGUCGAUUGCUCUUGCUUUAGAAGGGAAAUUAUCGCAUUAAAAAAUUCGAUGUAGAUUAAACUCACGUGUUAUAGGUGUCGUUGCUAUUGUCUCAUCCCCGAAAGUACAAAGAAAAUGGAGAGUUUGAGGUGUCAUUUGAAAAAAAUAAUACUAAUAAACCUGCUCCAGCUGACCAAGUCCAAGAUUGUGCAAAAGUAUCUCUUUGGAAAUCGUCAUUCAAUUUCCAAUAGCAGAAGUAAUGUGGAAAAAAAAAAAAGAGUUCUGAUUGCACAAGUCUUUGUCAUCACUUGUAAAAUCUUCUUCGUAGAAUUAGGAAACGUGAAUGGAUUCCUUCUUACAUCGGGGCUAAUGAAUACACUUAUCACACAUUUAAUUAGGAACAAACAAACUAUUCUUACUAAUAGAAAUGGGAUCAUGUAUGAAACUAAAUCUGAAACUUACAUUUAUAUUGUGGAAACUUUAAAGAAAACGAACGCAAGUUAAAUUUUUCAUUGGAAUGUGCAACUAGUUGAAAUAUUUAGGAAAUAAGAGCAAAAUCUGGAUCAUUGUUCAAGAAAUCGUCUGGAAGCUUAAGUGAUCUCUGACAGAUCUGGUUCAAAUCGAGUCUCGAGCUGUAAUGAAAUUGUUUAUAAUUAAACUUUGAUUAAUCAAAAGUACUUACAAGAUGUCUCAAUAGUGGAAAGUCUGCGUAAAAAAAUUUCUUGCAAGAACCUUCGAACUAGAAUCUUGCAUCAGUGACUGCAAGUAACUCUACAAGAACUAUGGUGUUCCGUUAUUAUUUUGAUGUCUGUCUUUGCCUCUCAUCCUCAAACUCAUCAUCAUUCAUCAAUGUUUCCACCAAGCGCCAUAAAUUUAAGAGCUAGUCGUGUCGGCAGUGUCAACCAAACAUAUCUUAGAGUGACCGGAAGAGAUCUGAUCAGGGUCCCCCUCUUUCAGAUUCGCUGCAAGUCAUGGAAAUCGCCGAUCAUGCCAUCGCAAGGAUGAUGGCUUGUUGUAUAUUUUCUGAAAAAAAAAAUGAAUCUCUUGACUGGAAACGAAAAACAAACUCAUGUAUGUGUAUACCUGAAAAGGUGUGGAUAACUAUGCAAUUACUUAUGCAGUGUUUGUGUCAGACUUAGUUUCGUGAUGUUAGGCAUUAGACGGCUGUUCAAGAGACACAACUAAUUGGAAGAUUGUGAUCAUUUUGCUUAGUCUGAGUAGAAAGAAGGGAUACUACAAGAUAUUACAGAAUAUGUUCUCUUUGUUAUUAUAUGUUUUUAUUAUAAAUUAUUAGACUAAUCUGCUGAGAUUCUAGAAUCAAACAGUUGCUCUUAAAGAUUAUAUUAAAAAAAAACAGGAUAAAUUUCUAGAAAGUAUUUUCGUAUGUAUUCAAUAUUUUUUUAAAACGUGAAAGAAUUUAUUUUUAAAGGAAUUUUAUAUACUGAAUUCAUUUAUUUUUUACUUUCUUUUAGAAUCAAACCGGCUGAUUAGUAUAUAUAUAUAUAAUGCUUAGCUUCAGAAUUAUACAUUAAUUAUACAUUUGUUAGAAAAUUAACCAAUGACAAAAUAUCAUUGCUUUUCUGUACUAGGAAUAAUAUUAAUAAAAGAAUAAUAGAAAAAAUUUCUAACGAUUAAUGAUGAUAAACAGUCGUUAAUUUUUUACAUUCUAAGUCUCAUAGUUUGUUUUAAUAUGGAUAAAUAAGAAAUCUUGAUUAUUUUUUUAAACAUUGUUGCUAUAAAAUAAGCGAGGAAGAAAUAUGAUAUGAUUGUAGUAUUCAUUUUCCUUCUAUUCAGAUUUAAGGCUUAUGACUUGUAAAAAUGUAUUAGGUUGUAUAGCGUUCUGGAUCUGCUGCAAAUGAAGCGUACAGCCAAAUGAUACUAGUCUCAAAAAACUGUUUGAAUUUCGUUUAAAGAACUCAUGCUCAGGAGGUAACUGAAAAUCUCUUAAGACUGUUGAACUUUGGGGCGGCGACUUGUUUUUCGCCCCGCAUUUUUAGGUGCUGAAUAAAAAUUAGCGUCCUUAAAGCUGCGACUGAAUUUUUUGUGAUACUCGUAUAAGUGCAAGUGGAAUUCUGCGAGGUAACUAAAUGAUGUAAAAUAAUUUUACUAUUUACGCACAGUAACAUAAUAAUAAUAACAAUAAAAAAAAAAGUGUAAGAAUAAAACAACUCCGAAUGCAUUUCGAAACUUUUACUAGGGAUCAAAUGUUGUUUCACAUUCGUACUGCUUUGUUUUAUUCAGUAGCGUUCAGCUGUUUUAGAAUGUCACUCGAAUGUUUUUUGCUGUCGAAGAAUGUCAUUUUUCAUUUAUUCGCUUUUAUCAUUGUCAGCUUCAAUACUGUCUUAGCAUCAUCUUCAGAAAACCCUUUCAUCCGACACUCUUGGAGCAUUUUUUUUUCAAUUAGAAUGAAUAUGAGACGGCGUAUUUAUUAUUGGCACAAUUUUUUCUUUCUUAAUAUCAACCGUUUCAUUAUUAUACCAUGGGAUACCAUCUUUAUGAUUUCUCACAUAUUUUAGGUUGUUAGACUAACUGAAAAAAGCCGCCAUAUUUCUAUAAUAGAACACUUUAACGGCAUUUUUUUUUCAUGUUAGAGAAACAUAACUUACUAGCAGUUCUUAACGGUUUGACUGCUUUUUUUUUGCAUCUUGCAGAAACCAAUAUGUUAUUAAGAUUUGUUAUUUUUGCGUUUGAAACAGUAAUCUUAUUUCCGUUCACAUUUAAUGAUAAAGCAAAAUGAGAUUAUUUUAAUAAUAAUGACAUGAAAAUUCUAUUAUUACUUCAUACUUAAUGACGAAUCUAUAUUUUUUAGCAAUCAAUUAAUACAGCCUGAUUGCUAUGAUUUCCAUUUAAAAGACAGGCAAUCAUUUUUAUAUCCCAUCGAAAUUCCAGAAAAUAUUUGAAUUAAGACACAAAAAUCCAAUGUAUAUAUAUAAUUAAUUGUUUGAUAUUUGGUAAUCAGCAUUUUGCAUAAAAUUUAGUAUUAAGAAUUAUUUGUAUUAUUUAUCAAUCCAAUAUAUGAUUCAAAUUUUAAGAAUAAAGAAAUUUUAAGAAAAUAAGUUUUAAAGCCGUGUUUUAAUAUGUUAAGUAAAUACUGAUUGGUAUACAGCAGAAAACCGUUUUCUGUGAAGAAUAUUUAUAUUCAAAUAUUCGAAAUACUUAAAAAUUAGAUUACGAUUUCUUGAAUUUUAGUGGUGAGCAAAAUUAUUUCAAAAAUUGGAAAUGGAUUUCAAGUUAACAAUGUAAAGCUUUUUCGCUUUUCGUUCUAUCCAUAAUGAGAUGAAGGAUAUUAAACAUAAGAUACUUAUGGGUUUUGGUACAGUAUCUAUGCUUGAUAAAGACUAAAAAGCCAUAUCUUUUGUUUUAGAUUCACUAUAUGAAAUCGGUUUAUGCUACCAGCGUGUUGGAUGAAAGCGGUCCUCCUCAUCUUUAUGUAUAAGAAUUAUUAUACUGUAUAUGUAGGAUAUAUCAAUAUUUAUAGCGUCCCACUCACAUGCCUUGGCAUCCUUUUUGUUCCACAGAUGGGCUUAACCAUGUUAUUUUCCAUGCUGCCGCCGCUUACUGCUUACAGGAAACAAUACUCUCUCUGCACAAGAAUUACUCCUUUAAACUCUUAGUGUUGUAUGUAUGUUUGUGUGAUGCGCCUGUAUUACUGCAAAUUCAAUUCACAGCUGGCCUGGGAAUUGAAAAAGGAUGGUAAAAAAAUAAUAAAGUGCAAUACAACUGAGAA